GGGCGGGGCUCCAUACGUCAGGAGGAAAUGGCAGCGGCGCCCGCGGCUUUGGGCCGCACGCUCCGAUAGCGACAACAACAGCGAGAACAACAACAACAGUAACUACAACAGCAACUACAACAGCAUAAACAACAACAACUGUGUGGCCAACAACGCGAACAUCCACGACAACAAAGGCAACAACUCCGUGAGCGACGACGACGACAGCAGCGGCGGCGGCAAAAGCGACUGCACUACUUGACAAACGACAUCAACAACAAAAACAUCAACAGCGACAUCGCCACCCCACCAGCGUCAACGUCUACAGCAACAACUGAGCCAAGCACCACGUCGACAGCGAAGGCACCAACCACCACCACAACCGCAUCAUCAUCAACAAAGAAGAGUGGUCACGCACCCGGCCCGACCACGCUGCCGCCGCCGCCGUAGUGGUGGUGGUCAUCGCGGUCUUGGUUGUGCUCAAGGAGGAGGAGGUCGUGGCAGCCGUGGCGAUCGCCAUGUGCGAGGCGGAGGAGCGCGCGGACAGCCUGGAGGGCUGGGUCGCCAUCCGCGCCGAUGCCUUCAAGGAGGAGGCCCGGCGGCGCGUGGCCUUCAUGGUGGCGUGGAACGACGUGGAGGAGAAGGCGGCCAUAAGCUGCCACGACCGCACGGCCCAGCGGGAGCGGGCCCUGAAGUCGGCGCGGGGUGGCCCUGAGCAGCAGCAGCAGCAGCAGGAUCGGGGUGUGUACAGGCAGCAGCAACAGCAGCAGGAGGAGGUGGUGGGAGACACGAGCUGGGCCGGACUCUUCUCGUGCGAGGAGCUGCGCGGCCUCCACGUGCAGCUAAGCGCGCUGAGUCCCGCGCUCGAGGCCUGGGUCCCGGCCUUCCCCGAGUCGCCCUCGGGGGUCUGGGCGCUGCUCUUCCCGGCCCAGGCCGGGCGACUGCGCGACCCCGAGCGGGAGGCGCUCUGCUCGGCGCUGCAGCUCUACCUGGCGGCGGCUCUGGACGCGUGCGGCUGGACCGUGCUGCGGGAGCUCAUGUUCGGCCAGGAGGACGAGCUGGAGCGAUACUACGAGAGCCUCAGCGACCUGCGGCGCGCCGGGCACGAGGCGGCGCUCGCGCGGGCCAAAGCCGCACUCAGGGAGACGUUUGAGCAGCACAAGCGCACGGAGCGACUGGUGGACAUGCUGUGCGUGUACGCGGCGGAGGACGAUGCGUACGAGCAGCUGGUCACCACCGCCGCCGAGCUGCACCAGUACCUGCUGCAGCCCUUCCGCGACAUGCGCGAGCUCGCCAUGCUGCAGCGCCAGCUCAUCCGGAAGACGCUGGAUUCGGAGGAGCUAGGCCCCCGGCGUGUGCAGGAGCUGCAGCGCGAUGAGCAGGACUGGGCGCAGAAGGCGGAACACGCGGUGCACGCUAUCCAGGACAUCACCGUGCAGUACUUCCACACCACCGUCAAGGCCCUCAAGGCCUUGCUGAGUCAGAUGGAGGCCGACGAGCGGCAGUUUGGGCAGGCGGCGUGGGGCACGGUGCUGCCGCGCCUCGAGCGCCUGCGCUUCCUCGUCGCCAAGGAGACGCUGCAGCUGAUGCGGGGACGCGAGAUGUGUCUCACGCGCAAGCGGCAAGACAUCAAGCGUGAGAUGUCGGAGAUGACGGCGGGAGAGGACGCGCAGGAGCGGCUCGACGCGCUGGAACGCGACUUCUAUGGCGUGCAGCUGGAGCUGUACGCGGCGCAGCUGGAGAGCCUGCGCUGUGAGGAGCAGCUGCUCACUACCUCGCUCGACUCGCUCAAGCGGCAGAUCCGCGAACGCGAGGACGAGGUGAUGUACUUCGACGCGUACGAGAGCCUGGAGGACCUGGAGGCCUCCGUGCACUUCCGCGCCCAGCAGGCGGCGGGGGCGGCGGAGACGGCGCGGCUCCGUCAACAGGCGCUACGACUGCAGAGCAAGCGGGCGCGCAUAUCCUCUAAGCGCGCGUACCUGCGCAGCAAGCGGGAGACGUGCAUCGCUCGGCAAAGGCAGAAGGAGCAGGAGCAGGAGCAGCGCGACGAGCGCUACCGGCAGCACCACGCCGUGCACCUGAAGCGGGAGCAGCAGCGGGAGGGGAGGAGGAUGGAGAGCGAGCGAGUGCAGAGCGAGCGGCAGAAGACGCUGGAGCGGCUGCAGGCGUACCGCCAGAAACACCCACAGCAGAUGGUGCUGCGCCCUCCACGCUACCAACCCCCGAGCACACGGCGCGGCGGCGGUGGCGGUACCAUCAGCGCCGUGAGCAGCCGCUCCCCGUCGCUCCUGUCGCUCUGCUCCGUCUCCUCAUCCUCCUCGUCGCCAUCGUCGCAGCCGCAGCCGCUGCUCCGCACCGAGACCCCGAAACCGUGGCAGGCGCCGGCACGCAAGCCCGAGCGGGGGGCCCGGGCCCCACGUGCCCCCCGCGACAUCCCCGUUCGCAUCUUCUGCGCGGCGCCGCCCGCGGCGGGGGGCUCGGGAGGCGGUGCAGGGGCGGACGAAGCCGAAGCCGCACCGCGGGACGAGUCUCCUCCACGGCCGCUCACGGCGCCGCCGCCGCCACCUCCCGGCCCUCCCCCUCCGCCGCCCCCCCCUCCCCCGCUGCCACCGCCGCCCCCGCCGUGCCCCCCGCCCCCUCCGCCGCUGCCAUCGCCGGAUCCGCCGGGCACCACCGGGACAAGCGGGCGCGCCGAGCGCGUCGCCCGGAAAGAGGCGGUGGCGGCGCCCGUCGCCACGCUGCUGCUCGACACGGGGCUGCUGCGCGACGCGCGGAGCCGCCUGCGCAGCGCGGCACGCGGCAGCAGCGAGGACGGCAACACGGCCCCCGCAGCGGAGCGCAGGGGCUCCCCCAUGGACGAGGUGCUGGCGUCGCUGAAGCGCGGGGGGUUCCACCUGCGCAAGGUAGCGGAGCGGCAGCCAGCGCCCUCCGAGGGCGACGAGGGCGACGAGGACAGCCUCAUGGCGCAGAUCCGCCGUGGCGUGAAGCUCAAGAAGGUGGUGCCCGGUGGCCUGGACGCCGACGGGCCCCGCACCUACCCCGACGCAGACCCCCUCACGCGUAGCAUCCGCCAGGCGAUGAUGAGGAUCAAGGAGGCGUCGCCCGACUCGGACGAGGAGGAGGAGGAAGAGGAAAACAUGAUGAGCGGCGAGUGGGAGAGCUGAGCGUCGCCCGCCUGGGGGCCCGGCGCACCAACUUAGCCGCGCCCGUGGAGGGAGGAGGAGAGGGGUCCGGCCAUCGUGCAGCCUGCGCGAGCCGGGAAUUGCCGGGGCCUCGGCCGGCGGAGUGCACGACACCGAGCAGGGCACGGGGGGGGGGGGGGCGGCCCCGCACGAGCCGCCGGCACCGCCCGUGCCGCACGACGAGGGAGUCGAAGCUCUUAACGACCCUCGUUAGUUGAACGAGACCGUCUAAUUAACAUGUUGGGGCUCUCGGCAACGGGACCCAGUGGCGCUGCCCUCGUUCAACAUUUGUACUCCGUCUUUAUUUAAUUGAGCAUUUUAUGAUUUUUAUGCAAAAAAAAAAUCAGUAUUGUGUUUAUUUAUUGGCUGGGGGAGACUUGUAUCCUACUCCCCUAUGAUGCACCAGGGGCCCGGGGUCAAACCCGGGUCCCUCACUGUGAGGCCUCGUCUGCACGACUCGCAACUCGAGCGCCUCGCUGUCGAAGCCGGCCGGGUUGAACACCCGGUCCCAGGCUCUGGUUCCAGAAGGGGCUGCGGCGCAGCACGUUCACUUUAAACGCCGUGGGAGUCGCGGUGCCGGCGCCGGCAUCCCUGGCGCCGCUACGGGCCGAGCAGGGAGCCCGGGGUGGGGGAAUCGAGACACGGGGGCGUGUGCACCCACCAUGGAGCGGACACCGGCGGAGAGGCUACGGGAGCUGCCAUGGUCGAGAGGGGGUGGGGGAGGGUGAGAUCGGGAUGGUGCUUGUUGAGAAGUGACGAUUGCAAAGUAGGUUCUUGGGUAAGGAAGGAGCAAUGGCACCUUUCUGCCAGGAGGUCUUCAGCACAGGGAUCCCGCUGGCCUCACAUGUGCCCCGCACUCGCCCCUCCCGUGGUGCUCGGCCUCCGCCCUUCCGGUAGCUUGGGUCCCGCGAAGCGCCCCUCGCUCAACACUACACGGGGCGUGCCGAUGUGCUUUUGAGUUUAACCUCCACGUGUUUUACAAACUCAUCUAGAUGACUGUACACGAUGUUAUUUAUAGGCGUCUGGCUUUUAAACGGUUUUGUGUUAAUGAAGCCGCACUCGCCCCUUCCCCUGGGGGUCAGGUGAUCUUGCACAGUUACCCAGGUCACAGGAGACUGGUGUCCAGUGACCCAGUCCAGUAGUGAAUUAGAAUCCAAGGUCCUGACCCAAUGACCUUGGAUCCUGGUUCUCGAGUCCAAUGACGUCGAGUCCCUGGCUCUGGGUGCGGCGUGAUCCCCAGCACCGACCGCGCUGCACUCGUGACGAGCGAGACGGUGCCCCCGUGUGGGAGGUGGAGCGUCUUCGCGCUGCCCGUGUUGGGGGCAGCGUUGGCCGCAGCACAAUGAGCAGCAAGUCACCGCUGCACCUGAAGCAGGAAAAUCAGCAACAGGAGAAGAAACAAAAGAGCCUGGAUUGGCAGCAGCAGGAUCGGAGAUGGCUGUGGUUUAAGUUUGUCAGGCGGUCUCAUCCCCAACGGCACUCCCACGAUGUUGGCCCCUGCCCCAGCCACCAAGGAGCAGGGUUUGUGUUUUGACUCCAGGAUGAGGCCUCGUCUCUCCGAGUCGCUGGGAGUGGUGGUGAUGGGGAGCGCCCGGGUCUCCGAGUUGACCAAAACCUUGCUUCUGGAGGAAGCGGAAGUCACCCGUGUCCCUGACGCCAGCCGAUUCGGGGCACGUUUAUGGCCUCCGGUAUCCAGACCAUACAGGAGAGAGGUCACCGAGACCAGAGAUUUCUCUCAUGAACACCCAGGGUUAAUUAAGCACAGGACUUGUAUAACCGACUCGUGUAAACCCAUUUACUCUCAACACUUUCCCCGUUUCCCCUGCCUAUGACCGACUGCCUCUGUAUAAAAUAAAUAUGCCCACUGUUCUACAGCGUCUUCGGAUAUGGUUGCAUUGCUUUCUCACAAGACUGAGAUUUGUAGACUUACCUAGGCUCGUAGACUUAUAAAUGACUUUUUACUCAUGACCAAUGAGGCAGUGUUCAUUUCUUGUGCUGAUACCGUGUGUACACAUCUGUGCAUGUACCAUGUGCGUGGUACGCAUACCUCGUGUUUUUGGGUUGUGUUGUGCGUCUGACAUUAAAUCGGACUUUUUUUUUGCAUGUGGAGCUUCUGCAGGAACUGAAGUUUAAUUCAGGAAUUGAAUCUCGCUCUUGAAGCUCUUGAAGCUCUUGAGCAGCGGAGCGACACGUAGCAUCGAACGACGUCUCAAGGUGGCACAACCCCAGAACCUGGGCAGCGGCGUGCAAGCAGCCGGUGUGGGGAGCAGCAAGUCGACAGUGCCACGAGGAAGAGGGAGCUUUGAGCGGUGACGGAGAAAUGCUGGGAGCGAGGGCUAUUUUUGCAUCGCUGCUGCACAAAGCACCAUUCCCCCCACCCCCCCCCCAGUUAAGCCUGAGAGAGUUGAAUACAUUCUGAUGGCGAGCACCUAUUAAGGUUGGCAGGGUCCACUCGGUGGUAGUACAAUCCACACCACACCCGCCUUUGUUCCCUCGGUGUAGAUGACUACGCACUGCAACAGGUGCUCAUUUACAGCCAAGUCGACCUAAAGGUGGCUUGGCACGGGUUCAGAUAUUCAUCACCGAUAUGUAUGUUAAACUUUUGCAUCUUAUGUAGCCAACCAUGUGAAUCGGAGGUGCAGGGCAAGAACGACAAAUUAAAGCCAGAAAUCCCAGAUCACCCCACCUGGCGACAUCGCCACGGGAGCGCAGUGCAUGGAGGUUGCAUAUGAAGUGCCACCUCGUUUACGCGACAGCUUUUCUCUUGGCACCCCCAUCUCUCACACACGACGACUCGCAGGGGAACUGGCCAACCAUGCCAGAGGGAACGAUGCCACGGCCGCUAACGGAGUCCCUAAACAGAGUCCCCAAACGGACAGAGGACACGAGGGGACGUCGGCGCCACGGACAACGAUUUAUUCGCAGUGGAAAAAAAAAAGAGGAGCUGCACGACGCGGGGUCGGGGCAGAAACCAACAGCGUCUCUCGUCGCGGGUCGGCGCUCCCUCAGCGGGGAGGGCCCCCACCGUCGCUCUCGUUUUGAUCGUAGGCCCAACUGAAACGUGUCGCACGGGUUGACACACUCGACGUCGCGAGGGACGCUCGACCUCGCUGGCUCGAACGUCGGCAAAAGAUGAGCUUUCCCAGGGCUGCCCAUUACUUGGAACGCCUCUCAAGUUUCUCGAUAAAUAAAGUAAUACUGCACUACUUAAAACCCACAAAUAAAACUUGAUACCGCACAGUAGUAAUAAUAGUAGUAGCUUAACGAUUGGCAAAGUAUCCCCAUUCAAAAAAAAAACAUCCGAACGCCCCCUCGAAACGACCUCGCGAAAAUUACAAAAGAGACGCGGUCUCGCCAGCCCGAGCCGACCCUGACGUUGGAGAGAGCUCACACCGGCCGCCGUCGCGCCCGUGCCUCCGUCUCGGCCACUGCGGUGGUGCGUUUGCCGCGUUGGUCGCGGACGUCCUCGUCGGCGGUGGUGGCAAGGCGUGGGGGACGGCACCCGGACUGACGGCCCGCUCGAGAGGAAGACUGCGAGACCUGUGACCCCCGGCCGCGAGGGAAGGGGGCGGAACCCCGGGGGGAUGAAGGCGACCUCAAGGCACCACCCCC